UUCGGGCGCGGGCGCUGCCGGGACAGGGAUCGUCGGGCGCUGCGAAGCGGAGCCGGCAGCGCUACAGCCCCGCGGGCAGAACCUUGAAGAUUCCAUGGCGACGUAUCUGGAGUUCAUUCAGCAAAAUGAAGAGCGAGACGGGGUGCGUUUCAGCUGGAAUGUGUGGCCUUCCAGCAGGUUGGAGGCUACAAGAAUGGUCGUACCCUUGGCCUGUCUACUGACUCCCCUGAAAGAACGUCUAGACCUGCCGCCUGUACAAUAUGAACCAGUGCUUUGUAGCAGGCAGACUUGCAAAGCAGUGCUCAACCCGCUUUGUCAAGUUGAUUAUCGUGCCAAGCUCUGGGCCUGUAACUUCUGUUUUCAGAGAAACCAGUUCCCUCCAGCGUAUGCAGGCAUAUCCGAAGUAAAUCAGCCAGCAGAACUUAUGCCUCAGUUUUCCACAAUCGAAUACAUAGUGCAGAGAGGUUCUCCAACCCCACUGAUCUUCCUUUACGUUGUUGACACGUGUCUGGAAGAGGAAGACUUGCAAGCAUUGAAGGAAUCCCUGCAGAUGUCCUUGAGUCUGCUGCCUCCAGAGGCGCUGGUGGGGCUGAUCACAUUUGGCAGAAUGGUCCAGGUUCAUGAACUGAGCUGCGAAGGAAUCUCCAAGAGCUAUGUUUUCAGAGGGACCAAGGACCUGACAGCUAAGCAAAUACAGGAUAUGCUGGGUCUUACAAGGCCUGUGGUACCUGUUCAGCAGGGAAGACCUCUUCAGCCUCAGGAACAGCCACCUAUUUCAAGCAGGUUCCUGCAGCCUGUACACAAGAUUGACAUGAACCUGACAGAUCUUCUUGGGGAACUACAGAGGGACCCGUGGCCAGUGACUCAGGGAAAGCGACCCUUGCGAUCGACUGGAGUAGCUUUGUCAAUUGCUGUUGGUUUAUUGGAGGGCACGUUUCCAAACACAGGGGCCAGAAUAAUGUUGUUUACAGGCGGGCCACCCACACAAGGGCCAGGCAUGGUGGUAGGAGACGAACUGAAAACACCCAUUCGUUCCUGGCAUGACAUAGAGAAGGACAAUGCACGGUUCAUGAAAAAGGCUACAAAGCACUACGAGAUUCUAGCUAAUCGCACGGCAGCCAACGGCCACUGCAUCGAUAUCUACGCCUGCGCUCUCGAUCAGACUGGCCUUCUGGAGAUGAAGUGUUGUGCAAACCUCACUGGGGGUCACAUGGUGAUGGGGGACUCUUUCAACACUUCUCUCUUCAAGCAGACCUUCCAGCGGGUGUUUAGCAAAGACUUCAAUGGAGAAUUCCGAAUGGCGUUUGGUGCUACGUUAGAAGUGAAGACUUCUAGGGAGCUGAAAAUCUCAGGGGCUAUUGGACCAUGCGUAUCCCUAAACGCUAAAGGACCAUGCGUCUCUGAAAACGAACUUGGUAUUGGCGGUACAUGUCAGUGGAAAAUCUGUAGCCUUGAUCCCAGUUCAACUCUUGCCAUAUAUUUUGAAGUGGUGAAUCAGCACAAUGCACCGAUACCUCAGGGUGGCAGAGGCGCCGCGCAGUUUGUCACUCAGUAUCAGCACUCCAGUACACAGAGACGCAUUCGAGUAACCACCAUUGCCAGAAAUUGGGCAGAUGCACAGAGUCAGCUCCAACAUAUCGAAGCGGCGUUUGACCAGGAAGCAGCUGCAGUGCUAAUGGCUCGUCUGGGAGUCUACAGAGCUGAGUCGGAGGAGGGACCCGAUGUACUGCGAUGGCUAGACAGGCAGCUAAUCAGAUUGUGUCAGAAGUUUGGACAAUAUAACAAGGAUGAUCCGAAUUCCUUCAGACUGUCAGAUUCAUUUUCUCUGUAUCCCCAGUUUAUGUUCCACUUGCGACGAUCUCCAUUUCUUCAAGUGUUUAACAACAGCCCGGAUGAAUCUUCCUAUUACCGGCAUCACUUUGCCAGACAAGAUCUGACCCAGUCCCUCAUCAUGAUCCAGCCCAUCCUUUAUUCCUAUUCUUUCUCUGGACCCCCCGAGCCUGUGCUUUUGGACAGCAGCAGCAUUCUUGCUGACAGAAUUCUGCUGAUGGAUACUUUCUUCCAGAUUGUAAUCUACCUUGGCGAGACGAUUGCACAGUGGCAGAAAGCUGGCUACCAAGACAUGCCUGAAUAUGAAAACUUCAAGCAUUUACUGCAAGCCCCAUUGGACGAUGCCCAGGAAAUAUUGCAGACUAGAUUUCCAAUGCCGCGUUAUAUUAACACUGAACAUGGAGGCAGUCAGGCCCGCUUCCUCUUGUCUAAAGUGAACCCCUCUCAGACUCACAAUAAUCUCUAUGCGUGGGGACAGGAAUCAGGAUCUCCCAUCCUAACAGAUGAUGUUAGUCUCCAGGUGUUCAUGGAUCAUCUGAAAAAGUUGGCAGUGUCAAGUGCAUCAUAACUUUGACUUAACAAGGAAGUGACAAAAGAAGCAAAGAAUUACCGGGAUCAUGGUGACAUUUAACAGUGUGGAAAAACUUAACUACAUUCCUUUCCCUCUUUGAGAUCAAGGCUUUUAAAUAUUACACAAAACAAAUAUUCAAGGGGAGUUUUGUACUUAGUUCUUUUAGUUUUUAAUUUAUUUGUAUUCCUUUUUUAUGUGAUCUCUCUGAACUUUAUUUUUUUCAUACAUUGCAGCCCAAGGAUGUUUUAGCUGAUAUAGCUAUUAAUACAUUUUUAGAUUAAUUUUAAUGGCCUGUGUGUAAAAUAAUUAAAAAACAGUAACUUGCCUUUCAGCAGCUUCAUCAGGUACCCGGGGGACUGUACUGAUGAAAAAUAAAAGUGGAGGAGGAGAGCAUUAAUAUUUAGUGCUGGACUGAACUUGUUGUGUGUGUGUGUGCAUGUAUGCUGAGAGGUUGACUUUAUCACACAAUAAAGUACAAUAUGAACUUGAACUUUUUCUUUGUUCUGGAGAUCUUAGAAUGCUUCAUCUUGUUACUUCAUCAUGUUAAGACUCAGACCUGCUCCUGUAUAUAGGGUUAUGUUGAUCAAAAACACAAGGACUCUAUCUAAAUUACCUUUAUUAAUUUCCAGCUCUGUUAUCAUCUAAAUUGACUUGCAUUGACUUGUAAUUACAGGAAUUUAAUACUGGCUUUGUUGAAUGUAACUCUUCUUUUAUAUAGAUCAAAAACUAACAUUUCCUGCCCAGAAUAUCAGAGAAUGAGGUUUUUUUCCAGACUUGUUAAUACAUCAAGAGUCUCUGCAUUUCAUUUUCCCUCCUCAAAACCGCUGAUAUGAGCCAAGAAUGAAGAAUGUGUCUAUAGCUAGAUUUCACAUCACAAGUGUGUCGCUACUGGUAAAAUGCUUUGUAUAGCUCCCUAUGCGUAAAAUCUAAUUUUAACACAUGCCACGCCCUUGAAAUGCAGUUUGAAAAG